UUUGCUUUCAUAAUUUGAAGAAUCAUGAUUUGUGACUACGACGAUGAACCGCAAGAUGACGAUAGCUCCAGUACGAAACUUCCUGAUGCAGAAAAGGAAAUUAUUGCGGCCAAAUUGUUUAUGCAACAAUGCAGCACGUUAACCGGAGAUAACCUGUAUGACCACCUCUCGGAAGUCCUUAACAAAAUUCUGUCCGAACGUCCGGAAAAUGUGAUCGAUUUUUUUGAAGAAUAUAGUCGUAAGGUGAAAGAAAAGAGAUUUAAGCCGAAAAAUGACCAUCUGGAGGAUAUGUUUGUACCUCCAAUUCAAUACGCGACAGCUUGCAAGAUUAUACCCUUACUGAAGGAACCGCACGAUUUGGACACGGAAGAACAGAUGCUAGCGGAUAUGACAAGGAAUGAUAUGCUACAGCUAAGUUACUUUUUUGAGCAAUCUGGCUUAGGUUUGCCCAAAAGUGAUAUGUUCGCCCUUGUGCUUUCAAUGCGUAAGCUGAUUAAAACAGAACCCGUUGCUUCCAUCAGGUUUUGGGGGAAAGUCCUGGGGCUGUAUAAAAAUUACUUUGUCCUCGAAGCAGAUCUCAAGGAAGAAGAGUGCAUUAGGCGAAAUGAGCUUCUGGCCGAACUGGAAACGGAACAGCUAACAGAGACCGGUGCAGGCGGCGACACCACGGCGACCUCGUUGGAAAAUCUCGAAAAUGAAGAAGAGGGCGAAAGCAAAGGAAGAAAACUGCCUCCAAUACCUAAAGCUGUAUUUAAACCACUCCCCGAACCCCCACAAGAACCAUCAGGUGUUGGCGCAAACAAAAAGGUAUAUUACGUGUGUAACGAAAUCGGGGACGAAUGGGUCCAACUGCCCGACGUAACCCCACGACAAAUACGCGUUGCAAGGCAAAUACGAAAAUCGUUCACGGGAUGGCUAAACCAGGACAUCGUAACUUACCCAGACUUUCCGGGGAAGGAACGAAAUUAUUUAAGGGCGCAAAUUGCCCGUAUAUCUGCAGGUACGCAAAUUUCGCCUUUGGGCUUUUAUACGUUUAAACAAGGAGGAGGAGAGGGCGAAGAAGAAGAGGAGGAAGAGGAAGAGGCCGAAGGUGAAGAAACGGAGGGAGGUGGCAUGAAAACCAGUUGUUUGGAGAACAGACGAUACGAGUCACCCCCUCUCGGAGAUUUAUUAGAUAGCUCCAUGUCCUUUUGGGUCCAUCAUAUUCUUUAUAUUUUACCACAAGGUAGAACCUCGUGGUGGAAUCCGAGUCCGAAGCCAGAAGCUGACGAAGAAGAAGCCGUAGAAGAAGAAGAAGCGGAGGAAAAGCCGGUAAUCCCCGGACCUGAACCGGAAAUAGGCCCUCCACUACUAACACCGCUUUCAGAAGACGCGUCUUUAGACGCAAUGCCCCCAUGGUCUGUAAGGAUAUCUUCCAACGUGUUACCCGAAUACGCUUUGGUCAUUGUAAGAUCAAACCUAUGGCCCGGAGCUUAUUGUUUUACUACACAAGGGAAAAUUUUUCAAAACGUCUACAUAGGUUUUGGACACAAGCAUGUUGCUCAAAAUUUUACACCGCUACCAUUGCCCUUUGUUGAGCAAGAUUAUCCGAUGGGUCCAGAAAUUAUGGAAAUGACAGAUCCGACAGGUGCGGAGGAAGAGCAGUGGAGAAUCGAUCACCUUCCGAAACUUCCACUUGAUGCCGAAGGGGAGGAAGAGGGCGAAGUGGAAGAAGAAGAAAUAGAAGAAGAUGAUUAG